UCGCUACAAACGCAAACAGGACUCGUAAAUCAACAGAUACACAUAGUCAUCGCUUGGUAAAUAAUAAACAUUGGGCAAUGAAAUCGCUAAUCGAGGAUAAAUUUACCCCGCAUGAUGAGAUCAAGGCACCACCAACUUCAAAAAAUCGAAAUCCUAGUUGUGUCAGCAGACCCAAGGAUACAAACAAUCACCAUGUGGUGCCCCUAGGCAUCCUCGUGGUUCUGUGCACUGCGUAUCUCAUGGUGGCCGGUCUACAGCGCAACUAUAGAUACUAUUUUAAGCCAAGCGUGGCUGCCCUUGACCUGAAUCAUCCCGAAACCAAUGAAACUCAGCCCGAAGCCAUGGAUGAGAAGUCGGACGUACAGAUUCCAGAUACAUCCUGUCAAAAAAUUGAUAUUUUCGCCAAGGAAUCUGAUAGGAAUCCAUCUGUACACCCAAUUUCAAAAAGGUCCCAGGGCAAACCUACCAAGCGAACCAAAAAUGGAAAUGGGGUCAGUAAGCAACCUCGAGUGAUCAAAUCCCCGGAAGGCAACAAAAAGAGGGACUCGACCAAGAAGAGCAAUACUGCUGAACCCAUCAUCUAUCUAUUUGCGCUGGUUUUUAUCUAUCUGCUGCUUAAGGCGGCCUCCGACAUCAAUCAGCACUACAAAUCACAGAACAAAGGGGACAAACGACUGCGCCGCUGCUCUCUGCAAUCCUAUGCCCAAAUCCACAAGCAAGAUCGGCGGUCAUCAAAAGUUGAGGAGUCCCCAAUCUUCCGGCGCAGGCAUAUACUCGGCGAGGAACGUUCCGUGUCGGUGGAUCGCUACAAGUACACACAGAACGAGGAGGGUGGCUUUACAAAGUCUGCUCCAAAGGCUCAGGAUUACCAUCACAGGGCCAUGUCAUCUUUGGUCAACCGGUCAAGUCAACAGCACCCAUUUAGGCCUAGUUCCGGAGACAUUCGUUUUGAGCCCCGCCUAAAUCGUCGCUGCUCAGUUCCGAUCAGUAUUAACUAUCAAACGGUUCAAGUAUCAAGCCCAUAUCCACCCGAAUUGGCAAGGCGCGGCUCGGUGAUAAGCCUCACUGGCCAGAGUCCAGAUGUCCAGAGCACCAUGCCAAGUGGAACGAUUGAUCCAAAACGUCGCGUACGCAUGAUCAAUCGCCAUUAAACGCCAAUAUUAUCAGGUCCAAA